AUGAACUCGGUACAGAAAAUACUGCAAUGCAAUUUUUCAACAAUCUUGUUGGAGAAAAAGAUGGAAAUAAAAAAUAAAGGUAGGCCUACUCCAGACUUAAAUAUUAAACAAAUUACUAAAUGUAAAACGAGAGAAUAUGUAAGAAAAUUUAAUAAUAAUAUAUAUAAAACCUAUGACUGGAUUUGUGGUUGUUCAGAAACUAAUCGUUUGCAUUGUUUUCCCUGUUUACUUUUUGGUCAAAAAUCUAAUGAUGUCACUUGGGUAAAGAAUGGAAUAAACGAUUUAAUUAAUUUAACUUCUAAAAUCAAAACACACGAAAAAUCAAUGACACAUAAAUUCUCAAUUAAAUUUAAAACUAUUAGGAAAACAAGACAUAAGACAACAACUUUCUAGUGCGUAUCGGUUAAAUAUCAAACAAUACAAUUAAAAAAUAAGUCAUAAUCGUUAUAUAUUGAAUAAAAUAAUAAAUUGUAUUAAAUUUUGUGGAGCAUUUGAACUUGCACUCAGAGGUCACGAUGAAAAAUCAAAUUCAGAAAAUCCCGGCGUAUUUCGAGGUCUUAUAAACUUUAGUUCAGAGUUAGAUUCGGUACUAAAAUGUCAUAUUGAGAACUCUUCGGUAUUUAAAGGUUUAUCCAAAUCAAUCCAAAAUGAUUUACUAGAAUGUUGUUUAGCUGUAUGUCAACAAAGAAUUAAAAAUGAAAUAAAACAAGCAGAAUAUAUUUCUGUAAUGGCUGAUGAAACAACUGACGUAUCUGCUCAGUUUCAAUUGUCAAUAAUAUUUAGAUAUUUACUAUCGGAUGGAACACCAGUAGAAAGGUUUUGGGGAUUUUUCAAUCCUACUGGACAUGAUGCGAAAUCGUUGUCUGAAUGUAUAAUAUUCAACUUGGAAAAAGUCCUAGAAUCGCCAAAUAUGUUGAUUUGUCAGAGUUACGACAGCGCAAAUGUGAUGAGUGGACGUCUCAAUGGUGUACAAAAAAUAAUAAAUAAUAGUUAUAAAAAUGCACAUUUCAUACAUUGCUAUGCUCGUCAGCUUAAUUUAAUUUUAAUUCAAGCAACUUCACAAAAUCGUGAGAUAAGGAUAUUUUUUUCAAACUUAACUGAUAUAACAAAUUUUUUUUCAAACAGCCCACAGCGGGUUACGGUUUUAG